AUGGCUAUAGAAAACAGUUCUGAUCAUCGCAGUUCAGGCGAUGUCGAAGCUUCACGUAAAGAGGCAAACGACAAACAUGUUCUCACCAAUACAGAUAUUCUACGGGACUCAUGGUCAAAGAAGGCCUUGAUCAUCGCGUUCACAGGUCUGUUUGCGACAACAUUCAUUACCUCGUUCCUCAAGUAUGCCACCAAAGUCUACGAUGCGUAUGCUACUUCAGCGUUUCAGCGACAUUCGGCCCUCGCUACAGCAAAUGUAGUAGGAACAAUCAUUGGACUGGUUACAUAUCCCAUUAUGGCCAAGUUUUCCAAUGUUUUUGGUCGAGCUGAAGGUCUUACGUUCUCCAUCUUGUUCCUUGUUCUUUCACAAAUCAUGUACGCAGCAUGCCAGAACAUUGAGACUUACAUCGCUGGAGGUAUUUUUGAAGCUAUCGGCGAUACAGGUUAUGUCAUUAUGCAACAAUUAUUCAUCGCAGACACGACCAGUCUCAUAAACCGCGGUCUCUGGACUUCUCUCCCCGAAUCGAUAGCCUCGAUACCAACACUCUAUCUCGGCUCCAUUGUCGCUGACAGUGUGCUCAAACACUCAACUUGGCGAUGGGGUUAUGGGAUGUGGGCUGUCAUUCUACCAUUCUGCGCCGCACCUUUAAUCAUUACGCUUUACAUCCUACAGAGGAAGGCUCAUAAGGCUGGAUAUAGACGGAAAGGUGCCUGGGACGCUGCCGAUAGCACUCAGCCAUUGGGUAAACGCAUUGUGAACCUACUGUGGGUUGAUCUCGAUGUUGCUGGCGCUCUUUUGCUCGUCGUUGGCCUUGGACUCACUCUCAUCCCUUUGUCCCUUACAGGUGCCAGGAACAGUGACCGGUGGGAUCAAGGGAGUUAUAUCGCCAUGCUAGUCAUUGGUGUUGUUGUCAUCGCAGCUUUCUUUGUCUGGGAUACCAAGUUUGCAAAAGUUCCCUUUGUCCCGUUUCGAAUGAUCAAAGAACGUACAGUAGUGGCAGCAUGUGUUCUAUCCAUGCUUGACUUCUUUCAUUACUCAUGCUUCACACUCUUCUUCCCGAGUUAUCUCCAGGUAGCUGGUGGUUUCAGCCCAGGCCACGCCACUCGCAUCGACAAUGCACUUCGUGUGGCAUUUCAGAUUGCAUCUGUACUCGUCGGUAUCCUCAUGAAGUACACAAAACGCAGUCAGAUAUUUGUCUUUAUUGGAGUUCCCCUCUGUGUUCUGGGUCAAGGCCUGAUGAUAUACUUGGUAAACAUGAACGGCGGCCACGCCAACGAGGCAUCUUUCAUCACCGCAAAGACUCUUGUGGGUGUAGGCCGGGCAUUCUACCAAACAGCUGCACAAGUAUCCAUACAGGCUCUUGUUGCUAAAGAGGAUGUUCCCGUCGUCACGGGCGUUUACUACGCCGCUAUGAACUUUGGCGCUGCCAUCGGUACUAGCGUCGGAGGUGCGAUUUGGAAUAACAUGCUUCCCCAGAAACUUACAACCUACCUCCCCGACCAAGCCAAACCAAAUGCUUUGAAGAUUUACAAAUCCAUUGUCGUUGCUCAAACGUUCGCCAAAGGGACGCCUGUUCGAGCCGCUAUUGACCAAGCAUACCGCGAGACGCAAAGACUUCUUGCCAUCGCUUCCACAUGUGCUCUUGCGCCUAUGCUGGUCUUCAUGUUUGCUCUGAAGACUGUGGAUUUGAACAAGGUUGAUGAAGCAAAGAUCGAUGAGAACAGGACUGUCGAUCAAGAAGUUCAGCCUACAAUGGUAAAAGAAACUAUUCAGGAAGUCAAGUACGACAAUCACUAG